AUGAAUAUUUUGGCUACUUCAAACUUGAUAAAUAAUCAUAAUAGUCCCUUAUCGUCUUCCAAUUCUCCACCAUUGUACCCACCAACUACAACAUCUACAUCCCCCACAAUAAAAGAAGAAUCUCUGAAAAACUUACUCAUCACUCCCAAUAAAAAGAAUAAUAGAGUUCGUACUGGUUGUUUCUGUUGUCGUAAAAGAAAGAAGAAAUGUGAUGAAAUUAGACCUACUUGCCAUGCUUGUAUGAGAAAUAGAAUUAAAUGUGUCUACCCUCAUGCUCCUGGUGAUCCUCUUCCUCAUAAUUUUGAUUUAGAAAAGACAACAUAUGGAGUCAUUCCUAUAAAGAGACGGAAAAAGAGACUGUCAAGUACUAGUCAUGAAUCAGGGAAUGAACUUGGUGGCCAUGAAGAGUUGUUUAAUGUGAUUAUAACUAGUUCAACCUCUGCUAAGUCAAACAGUGAGGCUAUAAAAUCAGAAGAGGCAUUACAAAGCGUAAUUAGAGUGUCGGAUCAUGAUUCAGAUGCUGAACUUGAAAGCAUCUUGGAUGUAACAGAGCCCAAGAUCAGUGAGUUGUCUCAAGAAUUAACCCCUUCCAGUUUGAUAUCACCUCGUUCUCAAUCAUCAUUAAUUUCAUUUUCAAAAUAUGUUGCAAAUGUAAAAUUAUCACCUCAAGACUCUGAAUUAUAUCAUCACUUUCUUCAUGAAUUCAUGCCUUCAAUCUCAUUGCCCCAUUCACAUCCAUUACUUUCUCCAGAUUAUGCUUGGGUUGAACUUAGUUCUCAUUCCGAUAUCUUAACUGAUGUUUAUUUAUGUUGUGGUGCGUCAUAUAUGUCAUAUUUUCAUAAUUAUUCCAACGGUUCACAAGAUUUAUCUACUUAUUACAGUGAAUUAUCUGAAAGAAAGUAUUCUCAAGCUAUUAACUCCUUAAGUAAAGCUUUUGCGGAUAAGUCUAUCGAUCUUGAUAGUGAUUGGCUCUUUGCUGCUGGUUUAGCAUUGUGUCUUCGUGAUAGAGCUUUUGGUCUCAAUGGAUCUCGAUGUGCCAAACAUUUAAUAUUUGUGUAUAAUCUUAUCAAAAGAAGAGAUUAUAAGAAAAGACUUAUUGCGGAAAACACGGCUGUAUCGUUGGAAUCAAGUAUAACUCCAACCGAGAGAUCAUUAAUGGAUAGUUUCUUAUUCAACUAUUCCGCUGCGUUAUUAUCAUGUUCCAAACGGGAUUUAAUAACAUUGCCAUCUCCAUAUGAGUUCUUCCCUCAGAUGAAACAAUGGCUUGAUAAACCAAUCUUUCAAGAUUGUGAUGUAGUAUGGAUGAAUAAUCCUGUUAUUGGAUCAGCUUUAAAUAGUUUUGAAGUGAUAUCUAAAUUAGCAUGGUUAUUAAGGAUGCAUUUUGAUUAUGAUGAAGAUCAAGCUGAUGGUGAUGAUUUAAGUAAAUUUUACUUGGAUGAUGUCAACUUUUGGGAUUUGAUAUUGCCAUUACGAGAAGCUAUUGUUGAAAUUGAACGAGAAAACAACUUAAAUAAACGAGGAUUAGAAAGAUUGAAAUUAUCAAAGGCAAAAUCUUAUAAAGCAUUAAGAAGUAAUCUUGCUGUUUCGAUCAUUACUUUAAAUGCAAGUAGUAUAUUGUUGGAAAAGUUGAUUAAUCCGAUAAUUCCAUCAUUCUUACCACUUAUUCAAGAUCGAGUCAAUACUAUACUUGAAGAAUUAAUUGAUCAUAUUCCUGCUGAUAAUCAUUCUUCAUGUUUGAUUACCCUUAGUUUGUUUAUUACUGGAAUUUCUACUGUAAAUGAUAUUCAAAGACAAUCGUUAUCGGUUAAAUUAAUCGAGAGUUCAAAUUCAACGGCAUCAAAUGUCGGAAACAAUAUAUUGGAGAUAUUAAAAUUCGGUUGGGAAAAGGAAACCUCGGAUAAGGUUACUUUAGGUGAUAAAGGGUAUAAAUGUUUUGAUCUAAUAUUUGAUAGACCUACUAUAGAACUGAUUACAUUUUGA